AUGCCUCUCACGCACCCAGGCAGCUUACUUCUGCUCCCCCGCAUACCCGCCCUCCCAGACCUGGCUGCUGCCUCUACUGCCCUCCCAGACCUGGCUGCUGCCUCUACUGCCCUCCCAGACCUGGCUGCUGCCUCUACUGCCCUCCCAGACCUGGCUGCUGCCUCUACUGCCCUCCCAGACCUGGCUGCUGCCUCUACUGCCCUCCCAGACCUGGCUGCUGCCUCUACUGCCCUCCCAGACCUGGCUGCUGCCUCUACUGCCCUCCCAGACCUGGCUGCUGCCUCUCUGCUCCAGACCUGGCCUGCUGCCUUUACUGCCCUCCCAGACCUGGCUGCUGCACUUACUGCCCUCCCAGGCCUGGCUGCUGCCUCUACUGCCCCUCCAGACCUGGCUGCUGCCUCUCUGCCCUCCCCAGACCUGGCUGCUGCCUCUGCUGCCCUCCCAGACCUGUUUCUGCUGCCUCUGCUGCCCUCCCAGACCUGGCUGCUGCCUCUGCUGCCCUCCCAGACCUGGCUGCUGCCUCUGCCUGCCCUCCAGACCUGGCCUGCUGCCUCUACUGCCCUCCCAGACCUGGCUGCUGCCUCUACUGCCCUCCCAGACCUGGCUGCUGCCUCUACUGCCCUCCCAGGCCUGGCUGCUGCCUCUACUGCCCUCCCAGACCUGGCUGCUGCCUCUACUGCCCUCCCAGACCUGGCUGCUGCCUCUACUGCACUCCCAGACCUGGCUGCUGCCUUUACUGCCCUCCCAGGCCUGGCUGCUGCCUCUACUGCCCUCCCAGACCUGGCUGCUGCCUCUACUGCCCUCCCAGGCCUGGCUGCUGCCUCUACUGCCCUCCCAGACCUGGCUGCUGCCUCUACUGCCCUCCCAGGCCUGGCUGCUGCCUCUACUGCCCUCCCAGGCCUGGCUGCUGCCUCUACUGCCCUCCCAGACCUGGCUGCUGCCUCUACUGCCCUCCCAGACCUGGCUGCUGCCUCUACUGCCCUCCCAGACCUGGCUGCUGCCUCUACUGCCCUCCCAGGCCUGGCUGCUGCCUCUACUGCCCUCCCAGACCUGGCUGCUGCCUCUACUGCCCUCCCAGACCUGGCUGCUGCCUCUACUGCACUCCCAGACCUGGCUGCUGCCUUUACUGCCCUCCCAGGCCUGGCUGCUGCCUCUACUGCCCUCCCAGACCUGGCUGCUGCCUCUACUGCCCUCCCAGGCCUGGCUGCUGCCUCUACUGCCCUCCCAGACCUGGCUGCUGCCUCUACUGCCCUCCCAGGCCUGGCUGCUGCCUCUACUGCCCUCCCAGACCUGGCUGCUGCCUCUACUGCCCUCCCAGACCUGGCUGCUGCCUCUACUGCACUCCCAGACCUGGCUGCUGCCUUUACUGCCCUCCCAGGCCUGGCUGCUGCCUCUACUGCCCUCCCAGACCUGGCUGCUGCCUCUACUGCCCUCCCAGGCCUGGCUGCUGCCUCUACUGCCCUCCCAGACCUGGCUGCUGCCUCUACUGCCCUCCCAGGCCUGGCUGCUGCCUCUACUGCCCUCCCAGGCCUGGCUGCUGCCUCUACUGCCCUCCCAGGCCUGGCUGCUGCCUCUACUGCCCUCCCAGACCUGGCUGCUGCCUCUGCUGCCCUCUCCUCCCAGACCUGGCUGCUGCCUCUCCUACUGCCCUCUCAGACCUGGCUGCUGCCUCUACGCCCUCCCAGACCUGGCUGCUGCCUCACUGCUCCCAGACCUGGCUGCUGCCUCUGCCGCCCUCCCAGACCUGGCUGCUGCCUCUACUGCCCUCCCAGACCUGGCUGCUGCCUCUACCGCCCUCCCCCACCCACCCAUCAGCCUCGUCAAAAUAUAGUUUAUCCGCUAUAA